AUGACCAGAGCAGCGAGCAGGCAGACAGCCAGAGAGACGGUCUACCUGGACAUGGAUCACCUGUUGGUGGUGCUGAUGGUGCUGCUGUGGAGCUCAGAUGCUGAUGAUGUCAGGUUGGUGGGAGGAGCAGGUCGCUGUGCAGGAACACUGGAGGUGAAACAUCAGGGAGGCUGGAGACCAGGGACUUACUCUUACCCUUACUGGACCCUGAAGACAACAGCUAUUGUCUGUAGAGAGCUGGACUGUGGCUCUGCUGUUUCUGUAGGAGAGAGAGAGGAGUCCUUAGACAGACCUAUGUGGUGGAUCAGGCCUGACUGUGUUCAGUCUGGAUCUGCUCUGUGGGAGUGUAUAUCAUCAGAUUCCUCUUCCUCCAUCCUGAAUCUCAGCUGCUCAGGGUUUCAUCUCAAAUCCAGCACCCUGAGACUGUACACCAAGCGUAGCGAGGGAGGACCGAGAGCUAAUGAGUGUCACACAUGA